UCACUUGUUUUUGUACAUAUUCAAUAAAAUAAGAGCUUUUUAGUAGAUAAGCCAUUUGUAGUGUUAAUAUUUGUGUUUCUUCUUCAAUUAAAAUCAAUUACCGUAUCUUAUCGCUCGCCUCGUCACUCAAAUAAAUCAACGAACCACGCAUUUAUCUUUUUAUUAUGUCACUUGCUGCCACCGGCUUUGCAUCACGAAUCAUGCCUCUGAAAUUCUGUGCAAAUCUCGCGUUUCAAUUCAACGAAGCGGAAUCCGUUCUCGAGCGUUUUCGUCUUGCCAAGGCGGCGGGAUUUAAAGCCGUUGAAAUGGUCUUUCCGGCGAACGUGAAUUUGGAGGAACUUGUCGCUGUGAAAAAAGAAACCGGGCUCGAUGUGAUUUUGAUGAAUAUUGACUGCAGUAAUGGAGGAACGUUUGGAUGUGCUUCGUUCGUGAAUUCGUGUGAGGAUUUUAAGAAGAAUUUGUUGAAUACGAUUCGAGUUGCUAAAGCUGUGGAUUGUAAAAAAAUUCAUAUCAUGGGAGGAAAACACACAGAAACGCCGGAUGAGAAAAAUGAUGCUUUUUAUUUGGCGAAUCUUCGAGUUGCUGCGCAGUUAUUGAAUGAAGCUAACCUUAUUGGAGUUAUUGAGCCUAUUAAUAAAUAUUCUCUGCCUGGAUAUUAUCUGAAUUGCUAUGAAAAAGCAAUAAAGAUCAUCAAAGCUGUCAAUCAACACAAUUUACGUCUCAUGGUCGAUUUAUUUCACAUGCAGCACAUCCGAGGAGACAUCACGAAUGGUCUUAAAGAAUUCGCUCCAUAUAUCGGACAUGUUCAGAUCGCUCAGUGCCCUCAUCGACACGAACCAGAUACCGAUGGAGAGGUUAAUUGGAAAUACGUGUUGAAAACACUUGAAGAACAUUACAACGACUACGUUGGUUGCGAAUAUCGACCAUUAGCUGGAACUGCCGAAGGACUAAAAUGGAUCAAAGAUUUCGGUUAUGAGCUGUGAAAAGCUCUUUUUUGAAUUUAUUGUGUGAAUUAAUCAACUUUUCGUACUACUUUAAAGUAUUUUUGAGAUUCUACUGAAUAAAAACGAAUAUUUUUAUCGUUUUUAA